AUGAGAAUUAUUCUAGUCCUUAUAUUUGCUUUAAACUUUCUUCAAUAUCCUUUUCUUCUUCAUCCAUUUGCGUCCGCAUUUAUUUCGAGUUUCCCUGGCGCAGUUUACAUCUUCGAAACUCUUUUCCUCCACGACAUUUUCACUUUAAUCUUCACCAAAUUCCAAUCAAUUAACCAACAAAUCAAAUCUUCCGAAGACAUCGAAGCAAUGGAAAACACUUCUCACCGUUAUUGCCUCCUCGUGGACUUGGCAAACGAAAUUAUCAAACAUUUUACAAUGAGUUUAUUAUUCACAUUCCUAUUCUGGUUCGCAUAUUUCAUAGUAUCAAUUUAUUUCAGUCUGUGUUUCAUAACACUAAGAAUUGUUUGGCUGAGAACAAUUUUCUCGAUUCUAGCUUUCAUCCUCUACGAGAUUUUUUGGCUUUUUAUGAUGAUUCACAGUUUUGCGCAAAUACUAAACGAAGAGAGGAAAAUUGCGUCACAAGUGCACCAAAUCUGGAACAAAUACACAACACAAGGGAAAAUUGAUGCAAAAAUAAGACAUCUCGAAUUACUCGCAAUGCGAUUUUUUCACACCAAAUUGGAAUUAACAGUCAACGGUUUUUUCACACUUGACUGGACAUUUUGUCACUUGAUAAUUUCAGCACUGGCCACUUAUUGCGUCAUAAUUAUACAAUUUUUAAUAUAA